GUAGAUUCACACGCCCUCGAGAUAUCAUCCACAAUAUUUUGAUAAGGCGUUAUUUACCGCUCUCGGUUAACAACCCUGUCAUUGUUACCUACGUGGAAAUGGUAUAAAAAUGCGGUCGCGAAGCAAUAUAAGGUCACAGUUUCCAGUUGGUUUGAAAAAGCUGUGAGCAAGUGGAAAGCAAGCUAAACUGAACCUAAAGAAGAAGAUGGCCGUUUUAUUGUUCCUGUUGAUAUCCGUCUGUUCGGUGACUUCUUGCUUCGCUUGUUUCUGUAUGCCGGAACAUCCUCAAAAACAAUUCUGUAACGCUGGUGGAUUCGUUUUACGCGCCAAGGUCGUGGGUCCACCCAUAAGAGCUGCCAUGCCAAAUAGAGGCGGAAAUUAUCAAGUCUACUGGUUAAGAAUUACCUCUAUCUUUAAAGGCCAUGCAAACGUGCAAAGCAAGUCAUUGACCAAGCUCUACACACCUUCUCAAAUCUCGUCGUGUAGUGUACGGCUGCAGCCUUCUACCGAAUACCUCCUCUUCGGAAAGAUUUUGGGCGGGAAUCUGUACACCAGCUUCUGCAACUUCCAUCAGAAGUGGACCGCGGUAACUCCUGAACAGAGAACCGGUGUGGAAAUGCAGUAUAGCCAAGGAUGUAAGUGUAAGAUCGGAUUUUGCUUCGCCAACUGCGGCGGCCUUUUAUCUGGCUGUGAUGGGUAUGAUCCCCACUGGAGGUGUAGAGCCAAAUACCAUCGGUGCGACAGUUAUCGUGAUCAAAACGGCGUAGAAAAAUGUGGCUGGCGAGGAAGAGGACAAGGACUUUUCCAACAGUGUGCCCGCCAGGGAUACGGUUUUCCAUGAGUAACUAAACAGUUUUCAAAAACCUUUUUUUUUUUUUUUUUACCUUCCAACUCAAACACGUUCUGCGAUCAGACAAGAAUGUACCACGUGCUAUGGAUCCAAAAUCACUAACUCAUUAGGGAAACAAAAACUUGAACUUUCGACCCACACGUGAUCAAGUCAUGCACCCUGAAAUCGCGCCAAAUCUGUGUGCCUGCCCGACUCAAGAGACUGAAUACAGCAAAAGAAAAAUAAUGUAAAAGUUAUUUUAUGCUCGUAUUUGUAAGCCCUUUUCUCUAUUUUGUUAGGUAACUGUGACGCAUUAGGUCAUCUUACAUGCAAUGUUUCUCGUUUAAAUGUAUAUGUACCCGGAUUCGAGCAGAUGAUCAUUUAAUUAAAAUAUCUUUAACUUCGAGUUGAA